CUCUUCCUUAAUAAACUUGAGAAUGUUAUGGUAUUACACUGUCUCUGUUGCUUGAUCAUUCUCCCGAGAUCUGAUACACAUCACAGUUGAGGAGCCUGUUUCCAACUGAUGACUGACAGCUUCGAGAUCUACAGAUAACCUGAAGAUUCAUCUAACCCCAAGAUUAAGCCUGACUGCAUUCACUUGGACAUUGUGAAGGUGCAUCACAAAACAGGCCAGAGGUUUACUAUCCCGGACUAUAGACUGCAACCGUAGGUUAUGGAGAUUCAUCAGUCUGCUGUGAUUCUGCUGCUGGUCGUGUGUGUGUCGUUCUCCACCCAUGCUCAACCACCACAUAUAAAACCCCGCUAUCAAAAAUUCCUCACUCAGCAUUUCGGUCCUGAUAUGAGUGAGCAGAAGUGUACAAGUGAAAUGAGAAAGAGAGGCAUCACUGGAGCUGACGAUGGCUGCAAACCUGUCAACACCUUCAUACAAGCAAAUUCAAAUCAGAUUAAAGCAGUUUGUGGCAGAGGAGGAACUCCACAGGGCGGUAACCUGUUUAAGAGCAACCAGCCUUUUCCUGUGAUCACCUGCAAAUUACAAAGUGGGGAGAGACCCCCAAGAUGUGAAUAUCGUACAGGGAAGAAGUCGACUCGUUACGUUGUGUUGGGUUGUGCAGAAGGCUGGCCUGUACAUUAUGAAGAAGGCAUAACUGAUGCAAAGAAGAUAGGUUGAACAAAAAACCAAAAAAAAGAAAACGUACAGUUUUAUUUGCCAACAUUUUUUCACUUCAUUUGUUAUAUGUUCACAUAAAUUUGUUAUAACUUUAAGUUGAUGUUAAAUAUAUUUACAUUUAUUCAUUUAGUUAACACUUUUAUCCAAAGCGACUUCCAAUUGCUAUAUAUGUCAGAGGUCGCACCCCUCUGGAGCGACUAGGGGUUAAGUGUCUUGCUCAGGGACACAUUGGUGUUUCAUAGUGGACUCGACCCCGGGUCUCUCACACCAAAGGCAUGUGUCUUAUCCACUGCGCCAUCACCACCCCAUGUUAUAUCCUGCACUUCUUCGUGCAUGUCUCGUGCUUAUCAUGUGCAAGAUUCAGCAAGAUACUGAAAUUUUAAGCACUGUGUUAACAAUUUUUGAGCAUUUAAAGAACUAGUGAAUGAGCAAAAUGAGGGAAGAUAGAGGCAGAUGUUUUUCCACCUGUCUGUAAUUCUCAAUUAAACUUGUCUACUCUUAAA